UAUAAAUGGAUACACAUCUCUCCUGGAAGAGCUUUAGGUUUGGGUUUGGUUUUGGUAUAUAAAUGUGUCCAUUUUUCUCCACCCUCAAGAGGCACUAUAGCCUUGGGUUUUAGUUUUUAGCUUUAUCAUGGAAGAGGUUACACAAGGAGUCAACAACAUCGACUUGAGCGCAGAUUCAAUCAAGAAAAACCGGAUUCAAGUCUCCAACACUAAGAAACCCUUGUUUUUUUACGUUAAUCUCGCCAAGAGAUACAUGCAGCAGCACAAUCAAGUGGAACUCUCCGCCCUUGGAAUGGCCAUUGCCACGGUUGUUACUGUUGCAGAAAUUCUGAAAAACAAUGGUUUGGCUGUUGAGAAGAAGAUCAUGACUUCAACAGUUGAUAUGAGAGAUGAAUCAAGAGGGCGAUCUGUCCAAAAAGCCAAGAUUGAAAUAUUGCUGGAGAAAACUGCAAACUUUGACGAACUGAUGGCAGCUGCCGCCGAAGAGAGGGAUGCUGGAGAUGCUGAAGAACAGAAUUGAAAGUCAGUCAUCUAUAUUACCUGGUUUGCUUUGGUUUUAAUGCUCUAGUGCUGGUGAAGACACUCAAUUUCGUUAGUUUCUUGGUUGUGGGGUAUCUUAGGUAUUGUAGUCCCAAUUGGUUUGUUAAUUGCAAAGAUUUUAUCUUAAGCACCUUGAAACACCAUAUGCUUACUAUUCAAAUUCAAUUAUAUUGACUGAUUCUUUUUCCA